AUGGCUGAUAAAAAAGCAAAAAAAGCUGCUCAACGAGCUAGUAGUAAUGUUUACUCUAUGUUUGAACAAAAACAAGUCCAAGAAUUUAAAGAAGCAUUUGGAUUAAUGGAUCAAGAUAGAGAUGGAUCUAUUUCAUUGGAUGAUCUUAAAGAAGUUUAUUCAUCGUUGGGUAAAGCACCAAAAGAAUCUGAUCUUAAACAAAUGCUUGAAGAAACUGGUGGACCAGUCAAUUUUACUAAAUUAUUAACACUUUUUGGUGAUCGACUUAAUGGUACUGAUGAAGAAGGUAUUUUAAUGAAUGCAUUUAAAACAUUUGAUAGCGAAGGAAAGGGUAAUCUCAAUAAAGACGCUCUUCGAGAAUUAUUAACAGCAACGGGAAAACCUGCGGAAAGACUAUCUGAUGUUGAAUUUAAUCAAAUGCUUGAAGGUGCACCAGUUGAUCCUAAAGGUCUUCUUGAUUAUGCUGCAUUUACUAAACUUAUCAAACGUGGAAAAGACGAUGAAUAG